AUGAUAACAUCAGACCACAUCACCUCUAUGAUAACAUCAGACCACAUCAACUCUAUGAUAACAUCAGACCACAUCACCUCUAUGAUAACAUCAGACCACAUCACCUCUAAGAUAACAUCAGACCACAUCACCUAUAUGAUAAAAUCAGACAACAUCACCUCUAUGAUAACAUCAUACCACAUCACCUCUAUGAUAACAUCAGACCACAUCACCUCUUUGAUAACAUCAGACCACAUCACCUCUAUGAUAACAUCAGACCACAUCACCUCUAUGAUAUCAUCAGACCACAUCACCUCUAUGAUAACAUCAGACCACAUCACCUCUAUGAUAACAUCAGACCAAAUCACCUCUAUGAUAACAUCAGACCACAUCACCUCUAUGAUAACAUCAGACCACAUCAACUCUAUGAUAACAUCAGACCACAUCAACUCUAUGAUACCAUCAGACCACAUCAACUCUAUGAUAACAUCAGACCACAUCAACUCUAUGAUAACAUCAGACCACAUCACCUCUAUGAUAACAUCAGACCACAUCACCUCUAUGAUAACAUCAGACCACAUCACCUCUAUGAUAACAUCAGACCACAUCACCUCUAUGAUAACAUCAGACCACAUCAACUCUAUGAUAACAUCAUACCACAUCACCUCUAUGAUGACAUCAGACUACAUCACCUCUAUGAUGACAUCAGACCACAUCACCUCUAUGAUAACAUCAGACCACAUCACCUCUAUGAUAACAUCAGACCACAUCACCUCUAUGAUAACAUCAGACCACAUCACCUCUAUGAUAACAUCAGACCACAUCACCUCUAUGAUAAAAUCAGACCACAUCAACUCUAUGAUAACAUCAGACCACAUCACCUCUAUGAUAACAUCAGACCACAUCACCUCUAUGAUGACAUCAGACCACAUCACCUCUAUGAUAACAUCAGACCACAUCACCUCUAUGAUAACAUCAGACCACAUCACCUCUAUGAUAUCAGACCACAUCACCUCUAUGAUAACAUCAGAUCACAUCACCUAUAUGAUAACAUCAGACCACAUCAACUCUAUGAUAACAUCAGACCACAUCACCUCUAUGAUAACAUCAGACCACAUCAACACUAUGAUAACAUCAGACCACAUCAACUCUAUGAUGUCAGACCACAUCACCUCUAUGAUAACAUCAGACCACAUCACCUAUAUGAAAACAUCAGACCACAUCACCUCGAUGAUAACAUCAGACCACAUCAACUCUAUUAUAACAUCAGACCACAUCAACUCUAGGAUGUCAGACCACAUCACCUCUAUGAUAUCAGACCACAUCACCUAUAUGAUAACAUCAGACCACAUCACCUCGAUGAUAUCAUCAGACCACAUCACCUCUAUGAUAACAUCAGACCACAUCACCUCUAUGAUAACAUCAGAUCACAUCACAUAUAUGAUAACAUCAGACCACAUCAACUCUAUGAUAACAUCAGACCACAUCACCUCUAUGAUAACAUCAGACCACAUCAACACUAUGAUAACAUCAGACCACAUCAACUCUAUGAUGUCAGACCACAUCACCUCUAUGAUAUCAGACAACAUCACCUAUAUGAUAACAUCAGACCACAUCACCUCGAUGAUAACAUCAGACCACAUCACCUCUAUGAUAACAUCAGACCACAUCACCUCUAUGAUAACAUCAGACCACAUCACCUCUAUGAUAACAUCAGAUCACAUCACCUAUAUGAUAACAUCAGACCACAUCAACUCUAUGAUAACAUCAGACCACAUCACCUCUAUGAUAACAUCAGACCACAUCAACUCUAUGAUAACAUCAGACCACAUCAACUCUAUGAUGUCAGACCACAUCACCUCUAUGAUAAAAUUAGACCACAUCACCUAUAUGAUAACAUCAGACCACAUCACCUCGAUGAUAACAUCAGACCACAUCAACUCUAUUAUAACAUCAGACCACAUCAACUCUAUGAUGUCAGACCACAUCACCUCUAUGAUAUCAGACCACAUCACCUAUAUGAUGACAUCAGACCACAUCACCUCUAUGAUAACAUCAGACCACAUCACCUCUAUGAUAACAUCAGACCACAUCACCUCUAUGAUAACAUCAGACCACAUCACCUCUAUGAUAACAUCAGACCACAUCACCUCUAUGAUAAAAUCAGACCACAUCAACUCUAUGAUAACAUCAGACCACAUCACCUCUAUGAUAACAUCAGACCACAUCACCUCUAUGAUGACAUCAGACCACAUCACCUCUAUGAUAACAUCAGACCACAUCACCUCUAUGAUAACAUCAGACCACAUCAACUCUAUGAUAACAUCAGACCACAUCACCUCUAUGAUAACAUCAGACUACAUCAACUCUAUGAUAACAUCAGACCACAUCAACUCUAUGAUGUCAGACCACAUCACCUCUAUGAUAACAUCAGACCACAUCACCUAUAUGAUAACAUCAGACCACAUCACCUCGAUGAUAACAUCAGACCACAUCAACUCUAUUAUAACAUCAGACCACAUCAACUCUAUGAUGUCAGACCACAUCACCUCUAUGAUAUCAGACCACAUCACCUAUAUGAUAACAUCAGACCACAUCACCUCGAUGAUAACAUCAGACCACAUCACCUCUAUGAUAACAUCAGAACAUAUAAACUCAAUGAUAACAUCAGACCACAUCACCUCAUUGAUAACAUCAGACCACAUCACCUCUAUAAUAACAUCAGACCACACCACCUCGAUGAUAACAUCAGACCACAUCACCUCUUUGAUAACAUCAGACCACAUCACCUCUAUAAUAACAUCAGACCACACCACCUCGAUGAUAACAUCAGACCACAUCACCUCAUUGAUAACAUCAGACCACAUCACAUCUAUGAUAACAUCAGAACACAUAAACUUGAUGAUAACAUCUGACCACAUCACUUCCAUGAUAACAUCAGACCACAUCACCUCAUUGAUAACAUCAGACCACAUCACCUCUAUGAUAACAUUAGUACAGACCACAUCACCUAUAUGA